UUUCCCUUUGUUAUUGGAUGUAAAAAAAUUAGAGGAAAAUGUUUACUUGGCAAGGCAGGGAAAUACCUCCUAAGCAGUUGUCACACACAAAUGCUUUUAAAAGAAAUAAAUAGAUAUAGAUAGGUGUAAGAAGAUAUGGUAUGAGUGCCAAUGAGACAACUUUCCAUCAAAAUCACAAUUUGUAAAGGAAACUUUUGGAGUACGCUCAACUAGACCAGAAUUAGCAUGUCCAUCAUCUUCAGUUUUGCAACAGUUGGAAGACAGAGAAUGGAAAGUCAGCUUAAAGAAGAAUCUAGAAAUUGCCUCAAGAGCUGUGUAUCUAGAAGGAAAAUGUUCUGAAUCUUUGGCCGCUGCUGACUUCACUUCACCAGAAACACCGUUUUUAUUUCAGUUAGAGAAAACCAUGUUAGAUCUGUCAUCACCCUCCCUUACUGAUGGAGAGUUUUACUGCUCCUUCUUUAAGCUUGAUGAUGUUUACUACUGUAGAUUUUUUGAAAGUGGAGUUCUUCAGGGAUAUUUCUUAUCUGAGGGAAUGUCUCAGCUUAAGAAUUAUUUUGAGGAACAUCGUUUGGAUAUGACAAAACUGGUUUGGUUGCAAGUUUCCACUCAAGAUGAUAUAAAGCAGUACCACAGAAGAUACACCCUUAAGUUAGAAAGAAAAAGAAGUCAUCAUUCUUUAAGUAAUCCUGGUUCAGAUACUGGAAGACGAUACGUCAACCUUCUUGAAAGAAAUAAAACCAGUAUUCUUAAUUCACACAGAAAGUUGAUGGCAAAGGCGCAAACCUCAACAGAAUCCUGCCAGUUACUAGGAACAGUGGUAAAUGUUAUCAAACAUGACUCGCUCAAAGAAAACAAUACUCAAAAAGCCAGAUUUCUCGAAGCCUCAGGAGUCUUUCAUCCUAUUCUCCAUAUAUGGGAAAAUACCAUACAUAACUACCGUUCUAAAGGAGUCCCUGUUGAGAAUCCAGAAUUUAAAUUUAUUUUUGAUCCACCAUCCAGCUCAAAAUACACAUUAUAUGACCAGUGCAAAAUUAUUUCCUGCCUACCAAAUGACCACUAUUGGAAUGAGGGAACCCAUGCUCAUGUUGGCUAUGGUAGAAUGUUAUCUAUCCGCGAUUCCACUGAGAAAUAUAAGCCUGCUUCUCUUCGUAAUCUGAUACUUUACCAUCACAGAGAAUCCAACUACUCUGCUAUUUUUAGAUUAGUUGACAAAUUUCGUAACCCAGAGUCUUCCCAAGCAAAUUUGCGCCAGAACAUCAAUGACGACAACAUCAACAUUGGGGAAAAUAUGCAAAAUUCUACUCAGAGACAAGUAAGACCUAAACGCAAAGCUUUAAAUGAAGAGGAUAUUUUAAGAAACCUUCGAACUGUUAAUCCUCUCUUUACAACACACAACAGGGCUUCAGACAAUUCCUUGUAUGAAAAGUAUAAAACAGCACAAACUGAAACUGGAGGUUUAUUUUGGCGUGUUCACGAAUCAGAUAUCGAUGUCCUCUGUUUGAAUGACGUCAACAUGACCACUGGAUGUUUAAUGGAGUCAUCUUUUGUUCACAUGACAAGGAGAAAUGUUGGGAAUGUCAACGUAUACCAUUGCACAUGUACACUCUUUGCAACUUUAUUACAGCUCGCAACAUUAGAUGAACAGCCUGACACAGAAAUAGAUUCUAUUAACAUCAAAUGCUGCCAUAUAAAGUAUUUCAAAGAAAUUAUUGAACCUGAUUAUCCCAUCUACUUCAGCACAGAAGUUUUUACAUCACCAACAAAAUCUCAGAAAAGUAUAAUGUUAUCUUUGGCUGCUUUACAAAAGCCUGUAAUUUUACUUCUGUCUUCUCUUCGAACAAAAAAGUUUUCAGUUGUACCAAACAGUAGUCAAGAUUGUAAGUUUGUGAAUGUUUCCAGAAACCGUGUAUCAUGCCAGUCCGGUGAAUGUAGUGCCAUUUACAGUUUUUCUACUCGUAAAGUCAUAUACUUGUGCGAAACAAGUAAUGUUUGUCCUCAUCUGCAGGCAAUGAAAGACCACAAAAAUUUAUGGAUGAAUGGUAAUGAUAUUGAAGAAGACAUUGAAGAUGAAGAUGAGGAAGCAUUUAUUGAUAAUGAGGAAGAUGAGAAUGAUUUGGAGGAUACUUUUCAACCAGAAACUACUCAAACAAAGAGGACAAAUUUUUUUAAUCCGGCAACAGGACUUUGGGAUUUCCCAAGUUUGAGUGAGCACAGACCCAAGGAGGAAGAUGAUCCAGCCUUACAACGAGCAAUUAUAAGAAGAUUAGCUGUAUUUGAUGGUGCAGAAGGAGUUGUUCGAGACACUAAAGGAUAUUUGACCGGAAACAAUCCACUUGUACUCUUUCCUCCUGUAUUAGAAGACGGAUGUCUUUGUGGGGCCGGCUACUCUGAUGAUGACCAUCCAAAUGGGGUAUUGACCGAGGUGAAGUACAGGACAGUGGUGUUUUUGACAAACGGACCAGCUAGAUUUGAAGUAUUUGGUAGGAAUUGCUUGGCAGCAAAUGCAGAGUGCCAAGUUCAAUAUGGUGGAUCUUCAGACAGCCUCCAUUUUCUUUCAAAGGAAACUGCUGCAGGAGAUGAGAUUGGCUGGGAUUUUGUAGAUCAUGCAUUGAACACUCAUGUCACUUUCAGUGCAUAUUGCAAAAUCAUGAGCAAAAAAUACAGGAGAAAUUUUCUUAAUUCAGCUAAAUUUAUGUACCCUCAAACAUUCAUUGCUUGGUGGUUUUCAUGGAGUAGUAAAUUCAAGACUGAUUUCAGAAAGCCUUGUUCUAUCUGCAAAUACAACCCAAAAUUCUUAGCAUGUGAUGGCACUAAAAUUGGUAUUAGCUUUAAAAAUGCAGAUACAGAUCCAAUAGAAAAACCAACUUCAACAGAAAAAAUUGACCCAUGUCACAGAAGAAAUGAUCGUUGUUUCUUGAAUUUCAAUAGCGAAGAACAACCGGAUGCUAUAAUAAGAAAAUGCAGAGAUCACCUUGCAUACACAUCAAAAAAAGCACUUGGACAAUUAAAUCAGACAUUAGAAUUUGAAGAAGAACUCAUUAGAAAUACACUCCUUAUUGAAACAGUUUCUGAUCAGUGUUCAAACAUCAUGCGCAAAUUUGUAUGUAAUGAGUAUCCUGAGUCUGUACAGAAGAAAUUAGCAGUUAUAUUCAAGUUUUUGUCAACAAAUCAUUCUUUGUCAUCAUUGAUUCCUUUUCGCUACACAGAUCUUUUGGAUUCUAUUUUGUUGGAAUUGAGAACAUCUACACAAAACCACAGAAUAAAUUUGAUAUCUGAUUUUUCUCCAGAAAUUCGUGAUACUUUAUAUGCUGCUUUACCUUAUGAACAGUCAUUUUCUGAUGUUAUUUCUUUAUUUCAGUAUCUUGUCCUAAGAAUCCAACGUAUAAGAGAAAAGAAUAAAGAUCCACCUCCUGCUGUCCGUCAGCCGUCUACGUACAAUCCUGAAAGAUAUGGUGCAGCUUACUACUUUACACCCAGUGGAGAGAAGCUUAGAGACAUUCCAAUUUAUACCAUGAAUGAAAAUGCACAUUCAAAGAAUUAUGAUGACCCACCUACUAGGUCUGAUGAGCAGUGUAAUAAGAUAUACCCCGAGGUCUCCAGACGUGGUACUACAUACUUAUUUCUUUGGUUUGACCCUAAGCACUAUGGUCAUUGUUAUGGUUUUCAUAUCAUUCCAGGAUCUGAAGGGAGGAAAGACCCUUUCUCUUCUGCCUAUUCAUACUUAGAACAUGCUCCAGAAGAGGUAUUUUAUGAUUUUUCAUGUCAGUUUGAGGAGUACUGUCUGAACAGGGAACCUGGUUUCUGGGAGAAUACCCGAUUUUGGCACGAUUUAUUUCAUGGCUACAGUCACAAAUGUCCUUUCUGCUACAAAUCCCAAAGAAUUUGUCCAUUGCAGGGCUUGAACACGGAAAUAUGCGAGCAGUUCAACUCAUUCAUUCAGAAAAUCAAAUAUUCUGCCAGAUCUAUGUCAUUGGGAAAAUUUUGCUUUUACCUUCAAUACAUGAUUCAUCAGUGGUGUGAAAUGAAACGCUCGUCAUUUGAACAGAGAUGUGAUAUAGCAGCUGCAUAUUUAGCCUGAAUUGACAACAACAAAACAAUAUUAGAUACACCUAAUCUGGUCAUUUAUACAAGUCAGAAGAACCAGAGAACUAUCAAUGAAUUCUUAAAGGAUGUGGUCAAGAAGAUGAAAGAAGCUGUUGUCUGUCAAGGAGAUAUUAUGUUUUUAAAUUAACUGACAAUUUCAUUGUUGUUAUUGUCAUUAAUUGGCACAAAUGACUUGCAGUUCUAUUUAUUUUUACUUGUUCAUAUACUAUGUUGUAAAUAAGAACAAUUUUAAUUAUCAUUUUUGAGUCUGCAAAUUUAAUGUAUCAGACUCAUGACUGUAAUCGUACAUUUCUAUGAUCUGAAAUGAAUUAUUUUUUUGAUGAAUUUGUACUUUAUCAUCCUCGGAAAGAUUUAGAUUAUUUGUAAAAAAAAGAGUUAUAAACCAGUUACCAUUGCCAGGUAUCCGCUUCCAGGAAUACGAAUUGGCUGUACUAUCAAGCUGCAAAGUGUUAUUAAAAUCUAUUUGAGGUUUAUGCCUAAUUUAAAAAAAAAGAAAUGUGGUAUGAUUGCCAAUGUACGGAGCUCCGCUAGGGACAUGCAAAGAAAAAAAAAUAUAUUGUGCGCACAAAAUAAUAUAUUGUGCACACAACUUAAAUUUAUAGUGCGCACAAAAUAAUAUAUUGUGCACACAACUUAAAUUUAUAGUGCGCACAAAAUAAUAUAUUGUGCGCACAACUUAAAUAUAUAGUGCGCACAAAAUAAUAUAUUGUGCGCACAACUUGAAUAUAUUGUGCGCACAACUUAAAUAUGUUGUGCACACAACUUAAACAUAUUGUACGCAUAUUAUAAUAUACUGUGCACACUUAAAUAAUAUGGUGUGCUCCCAAAAUUAGGAAAACAGUUUUCACUUGACCAUGACCUCAUUUUACGUGUUCGUGUUAUGUGUUCGUGGUUUAGACAAAAUCUAAGAUACCAAAUGCAAUAGUUUUUCUAUAUUUGGUUGUAUUGAACGAUUUUAAUGUCUAAAUGUCCACUUCACAGGUGUCAUCUGACCUUGGCAUCAUUUUCAGUGUUAAGUGGUCCGGCACAGUAAAAUGUUUGUGUUUUGGUGUAUUUCUCGGAUACUUUAAGCAUUUAGUUAGAUAUAUUUUUGGAGUAUGGAAUGUUUGUAUGGUGAAAUUGUCUAUCUUGCAAUUAUAUUAAUAUGACCUUGAUUUUAUAUUCAUGGUUCAUUGGUUCGUGUUAUUUGAUUCUUGUUUGGUAUGAUUUUCAGAUUAUAUAAGGAAUA